UUGACGCAGUUUAUUUCGAGAAUAUUAAAAAAAAGGUUCUUUAUGAUGUUAUGAUCUUAUGUUCAUUUUUUUAAAUAGUGUUAUUCGUGUUUUUGUGUUUGUGGUGAAUAAGUGAUGCGAGACAAGGUCAAUUUAGGGGCAAUUUAUAGCGGGUGACAUUAAAUUUAAAAUAGAUUCGAUUGUGUUCAAAAUUGUUAGUGAUUUUAUUUAUUUUGUGCUGUUAUAAAUGAUGAUGGCUGACAUCGAAACCAACGCAGAAAAGGACGUGCCAGAGGAAGAAGGCACAGAGCUUGAACUAGAAGCGCUUUACAGACGAUACUGUGUUCGUCUGAAACAUGCGCUGUUCGUAUCCGCGCUCUGUGUCACACUACUCUGUAGUAUGGUGCUCCUGUGUGCUGUGUGUAUUCUACAUUCUCCUACGUUAUUAUCACAAGUGACAGCAAUAUCAGUGCUGUCAGUGAUAAUAUUCGUGCUGCUAGCUGUGCUGGCGAUGGCGCUAUUACCAUCAGCGGAUGAAUGGGAGGCUUUAGCGUUAUCAGGGUCUAUCCUGGUUACGAUAAGUCUCGGUGCUGGUACUCUGAUGGCCACACACCAUGCACCGUUACCAUUGUUUGCUCUUAUACUGAUGGUACAUACAAUGAUGCCCAUAGCUCGAUCCAUUGCGCUCAGCCUGGCUGCGGCGCUUACUCUUGCGUAUAUGGGCUUGGCGAUUGGUCUCGGACCACAGGGUCAGGAAGCACAAUUCUACCAGCAGUUGGCGUGCGAACUGGCUCUUCUGUUAUCAGCGAGCGGCAUAGGUCUGUACUAUCGUGCUCUUACGGAGCGAGCUCAUCGGAAUACAUUCGCUGGUACAAGAACUUGCCUUGAGCAGCGUGUGAAACUUGAGUGUGAAAGAGAACAACAGGAGAGGCUGCUUCUAUCCGUUAUACCAGCGUACAUAGCGGCAGAGGUUAAACGUUCCAUCAUGCUCAAAAUGGCGGAUGCGUGCGCAGACAGCACUAAGCAGACUCGCUUCCAUGAGAUGCACGUGCAACGUCACAAUAACGUCAGUAUCUUGUACGCUGAUAUUGUUAACUUCACACCACUGUCCGAACGUUUGAGCGCCUCUGACCUGGUGAAGACUUUGAAUGAAUUAUUUGGAAGAUUUGAUCAAAUCGCUCAGGAGAACCAGUGCAUGCGGAUCAAAAUCCUUGGCGACUGUUACUAUUGCGUUUCUGGUCUCCCAGUUUCGAGACCGAACCACGCGUACAACUGUGUGAAUAUGGGAUUACAAAUGAUUGAAGCGAUACGUUUUGUAAGAGAAGCAACUGGCUUCAACGUGGACAUGAGAAUUGGCAUUCACACUGGGAACGUGCUGUGUGGUGUUCUUGGCUUACGAAAGUGGCAGUUUGAUGUGUGGAGCGAUGACGUCACGCUUGCUAAUCACAUGGAAUCUGGUGGUAUCGCCGGACGUGUUCACAUAACAAAAUCGACGAUGCUCCAACUUGGUGGGAAAUUCGAGGUGGAACCAGGUGACGGCGCGUCACGUGAAGGUUACCUUGCCGACCAUAAAGUUGAAACCUAUCUUAUUGUACCACCGAAGAAAUCAGGUAUAUCUGAGAAUGGACGUCUGUCAGUGUGUACCGUGGACCGUAAGGCGAGUAUCGUGUCUUCAAUAUGCCAGGACGUGUCUCCUACUAAGCCAAAAGAGAACAUCAGUCCAUGUCCUUCACAGCACAGCUUCAUUGAACAAGAAACUCACAAAGUGACAAGGGUCGAGUCGUUACGAAAUCCUGGAGACAUUAGCAGAAGAUCAUCAGUUAAAAUAGACGGACCUAAAACAGUAGCAUUCGAUAACAAUAAUGCUACCAGUCCUGGUGAAACACUCGGAAAUGGAGCUGUUGUGGCCAAGCCGAAAAGUAGAAGCGGUUCUAUCAUUGGAGCUAUUAGCCCGAUAAUGGGAACAGACUUCGAUACAGAUUCAUCAUCCGUGCCAAGAGAUACUUCACAGCCUUUUUUUCUUCGGAUGUUAAGUACUAUGUCUGUGGAGUCCCUAACGACUCCUGGAGUGCCAACAAGAUCUCGUCCAUCGAGCAAGAUGACUAAAUACGUGGAGUGUUGGGGUGCUGACAAACCAUUUGCUAAUAUAACAGACUCCACUUUGGCUAAAAACAUUGGAAUUUCUAGCUUGGCAAUGAUCGAGCAACAUUUACUUCCACAAAGAACAUGCUGCGAUUGCAGUAAUAACUCUGAGGGUCUCCGACGGAUUACGCUUGGUUUUAAGAAUAGAGAACAAGAGAGACAGUACAGGAAUCAGUCUGAUGCGCAGUUCAAGUAUUACGUAGCGUGUGCUGCUGGGCUGUUUAUGUUAUUAGCGUGCAUACAAUUACUAACGGUUCCUAAAAGCGUAAUAAUUUACGCAUCAUUUGGUCCGACGUUAAUCACUCUGCUGGUGUUCGUGUACUUAUCGUGGUCAGACGGUCGCGCUGGACUCUUGCUUUCCGACGUGCCUGAUGAAUUAUAUGUGGACAACUGCACUAAGCCUGGACAAGUGGUCGCUAGCAGUUGUUACAUCAGACUCACUAUGUUUGUCAUAUCCGUGGUCCUCAUCAGUUUUUGCGCUGUUAUAAAUCUGUUCCAAACGUACAUUAUUCAAGAAUUUCCGUUUGAAAGUAAAAUUGUAAACGCUACUUGGAAUGAAACUGUUCUCACCGAAUUGCAAUUUGACAUCGAUAUUGAUUCGGCUCCUAGCUAUCUCUACAGUUCAGUGCUGACGCUAGCUUCGAUAUCGGUAUUCCUUAGAGUUGGUUUCGUUUUGAAACUUGUCCUGAUGGUCCUGACAUUGUUGGGACACAUCUCGUUGUUCGCAGUAGCGGAGCUAUUUAGUCAGUACCAGAAACAGGAUGCAAAUACAGAAUUUUCGACGCUUCCAUACGCUGCUAAAGCUGGCCUCAUUCUAGUGUUCCUAGCUGCAUUGCUACAUAUCCUAGAUAGGCAGAUUGAGUUUACAUCCAGAACUGAUUUUCUAUGGAAGGACAAGCUGAAGUUCGAACAGGAGGAAGUUGAAACGAUGAGAGGAAUCAAUAAGAUUUUGUUAGAAAAUAUCCUACCGGCGCACGUGGCGCAGCAUUUCUUAACAUCCGUGGCAUCCAAGGAGGAGUUGUAUCACGAGAGGUACUCUAGUAUCGCGGUAAUGUUCGCGUCUAUACCAAACUACAAGGAGUUCUACGACGAGACAGAUGUUAACAAACAGGGACUCGAGUGCUUGAGACUGUUGAACGAGAUUAUUUGUGACUUUGAUAAGUUACUUCUAAAGCCAAAAUUCAGUUGUAUUGAGAAAAUUAAGACUAUUGGCAGCACUUAUAUGAUCGCUUCAGGGUUGAGACCCGGGAAAGAAGAACAGAUUGAUGGAAAGGAGGAGCACACGGUGGCCAUUCUUGUGGAGUUCGCGAUUGCUCUCAUGACGAUUCUUGAUCAGAUCAACAGGGAAUCAUUCCAGAGGUUCAAAUUGAGGAUCGGCUUAAACCACGGUCCAGUGAUAGCGGGAGUGGUGGGCGCACAGAAGCCGCAGUACGAUAUCUGGGGGAAUACGGUGAACGUUGCCUCGCGCAUGGACUCCACGGGGCUCAUGGGCCGAAUACAUGUCACCGAGGACACGGCUAAAGUUCUCAUGAAAGCCGGCUACACUUGCGAAUGUCGAGGGCCCACAUACGUGAAGGGUAAAGGGACGCUAGUGACGUAUUUUGUGAAAACGCCCAAUAUAGGGGCUGGACUAUGAAUUGAAUUCUAAUAUAUUUUUAGUAUAAUAAAUUAAAUUACUUUAUUGUAUUAUUAGUAUUAUACAAGUAAAUGCUUUAAAAUUAUAAAACCCACUAG